AUGUCCACUCCUCUUGUAGUAUUCCACACUCUUGGUGUGCCUCUACUAUUAUCCGGCUCGAAGGAUCAAUGUUGCGCCGAUGAUCUGUGGAAUGAGGAAGAAAGAAGAGAAAAAAGAAAAAGGAGAAGAAAUAAGAGAAGAAUGGAAAAUAGGAUUCUGGAAUGUGUGGCAGGGCUGAAAAGUAAAGAAGAAAAAUUCUGGAAGGAAAUAGAAGAUUGGGAAGUGGUAGUAAUGAUGGAAACGCGAAUAGAGGAAAGAGGACGGGAGGCGAUUAAAAAGAAGUUACCGAAGGGAUAUAAAGAAGAGAAGGUAAUGAAAAAAAGAAAAAGGAGGGAACAGGAAAAAGAAAAAGAGGGAGAUGAACGGAGAGGGGAGGAGAAAGAAUAAAAGAGGAAAUAGAAUGGGUAGAAGGAUGGAAAGAGGGAAUAAAAGAGGAGUUAGAGGAAAAAAUAGUAAGAAUA